GUGUUUCUCUGUCGUCUGGAGCGGUUUAAAAUUAAUACAGAAACGAAAAGGAGAAGCACAAUAUCGCUCUGGAUUCAUCCAAAAGUUAUUGUUUUUGUUGUGUUUUAAGUAAAGCGGCUUACCGCUUAAGUAUUUAUGGGAAAGCGCUGUUGUCCAUUGCGGCACUAAAUCGUGGUAUCUUAGCGGUGCGUUCUGGAUACGCCCGGUAAGAAAGAAGUUUUUGGCAACUGACCUCAGACUCGUUUUUAAAUACAUAUACAUUAGUGGUUUUUGCACCGCCAUUACCGGGGACGCGUCAGUGCCAGUCAUGCCCCUUUCGCAGGACAGGUGUGCCUCGGCGCAGCGCGGGACACAAUGCAGCACCGCGGGGCUCAGCGGCGGCAGGACGGCUGCGGGCUGCGCGUGAACAAAGGAGCCGCACGCGGGACCCUCUCCGCGCGCGUGUGACAUCAGACUGAUCAUUCAGUAGCGUUAAAAAAAAAAAAAAAAAAAAAAACAGCGAAGGAUUCAUUUGUCUGCCGAUCGAACGGUGUGACACUGUAUCCCUGGAGAGAGAAGAAAGAGAUAUAAUCGAGGUUUUAUGCACGGCGGAGAGCAGAACGAUGGCAGCGGCUAAAGCCACGUCGGGAGCGGACAAUGGGGACAGUUCAUGUCGGGACACCGGCGGCGGAGCGGGCGGCGAGGCGAAUAGCGUGGCAAACUGCGCGGCCGGAGGCAGAGUGUAUUCCCUGGACGACCUGGACACCGUGGCCACCGUCGGGACGGGGACCUUCGGCCGAGUGUUCCUGGUGAAGGACAAGAAGGCCAAGGGCUACUUCGCCUUGAAGGCCAUGAAGAUCCCCGAGGUGAUCCGCUUGAAGCAGGAGCAGCACGUCCACAACGAGAAGGCGGUUCUCACCGAGGUGAACCAUCCCUUCCUUAUCAGGCUGUUUUGGACCCAUCACGACGAGCGCUUUCUCUACAUGCUGAUGGAGUAUAUAGCGGGAGGAGAGCUCUUCAGCUACCUGCGCAACCGGGGCAGGUUCAACAACAGCACGGGACUCUUUUAUUCGGCCGAGAUCGUGUGCGCCAUCGAGUACCUGCACUCCAAGGAGAUCGUUUACAGAGACUUGAAACCGGAGAACAUCCUGCUGGACAGCGAGGGCCACAUCAAGCUUACGGACUUUGGCUUUGCUAAAAAGCUGAGUGACAGGACAUGGACGCUUUGUGGCACUCCGGAGUACCUGGCCCCCGAGGUGAUCCAGAGCAAAGGCCACGGCAGGGCGGUGGACUGGUGGGCCCUGGGGGUCCUCAUCUUCGAGAUGCUGUCUGGGUAUCCUCCCUUUUUCGACGACAAUCCAUUUGGCAUUUAUCAGAAGAUCCUUGCUGGCAAGCUGGACUUUCCUCGGCAUCUGGAUUUCCAUGUAAAAGACCUAAUCAAGAAGUUUCUUGUCAUUGAUAGAGCAAGAAGGCUUGGGAACAUGAAGAAUGGAGCAGAAGACGUGAAAAAACACAGGUGGUUCAAAUCCAUCGACUGGGACGCUGUGCCGCAGAGAAAGCUGAAGCCUCCAAUAAUUCCGAAGGUGUCACACGAAGGGGACACAUCCAACUUUGAUGUAUAUCCCGAAGAUGAAUGGACGAAGGAAGCACCUGUGCCUCCCAAGGACCUGGAAAUCUUUAAAAAUUUCUGAAAAUGCAGCCUGACUCAAGCACUCGCCCGAGUGCUGCCUUGCCGACAAGCCUCAAGUGAAGAGGUUCUUCAGCGUCUGUUCACAGUCAGUGGUCCUCAUCCAACUAAGACAUUGUUUAUUGGGUUUAAAAACGACAUUUGUCCCUUUUACAUGUUAGUUUUCGUUCUUGUCCGUUUUUUUCCCGAGAGCAAAGACUCUUCGAAAAUGGCGCACCAUUGGCAUUUGGUUCCAAUUAGUAGAAUGCAUGCAGCCUCUGCUUUCACGUUCAGACUCAGACUUACUUAGAAAUCGUUGCAGGCAUCAUUAAUUCGCUCUGAGGUUUAAGGCAAAACCAUGUAUAUCGUGAAGAGGAAUACACAUACAACAGUUUUCUAUAGCUACUUGUUUACUUAUUAGAACUCUUAUCAAAAGGAGUUUUAUUUGUACACGAACUCUACAUAACGCAGACGAGCCACUGUGUCUGCCUGCACUCGCCUUCCAGCAUGGAAAUGGGACAUUGACUCUUAUGUCAUUGCAAAAUGCCUGAUGACGUCAGGGGUUGAUGUUUUCAAAUUUAAGAGCGUGCUAUUUAAAUGAAAGCCAUUGCAUUAUAUCAAUAUGUACAAGUUUACAGGCAAACAAGGCACAAGCGGUACUCAAGUGGAGAGUACUGAAAAAUUGUUCUGUGGAAGCAUUGGCGCUGAAUCCAGUUCUUCCUUUUUUCUGAACACUGAGCUACAUCAUCUUCCGAUCACUGCUGUCUUCUUGAUGUCUGUAAUUGUUUGGUCGAAUGUUGUCCUUGUUUUCAUCUCUUGGCAUUGAAAUAUUGAAUCAAUAAUUGUGAGAUCCAAUAAGCAGGUGAUCCUCGUUAAUGAACUGGAUUGUCUCAUGCCCUGUGGAAGCUGGUGGACCCUCCAGGGUGAUGAUUGGAGAUGUUCUCAUCACGUUUUGAAUUUAUGUUUGCAGUGAUUCAGUACAAGAACUUGCAGGAAAUAACAUGUCAGUGCAUUCACUUUUUUCCUACUCCAAUGGGACUGAUGCACUGAUGAAAUUUAUUUUGGUGCUACAAUUUUAUUAUAUUUAAUAUUGACUUUAGAAAUUGUUUUAUUUAUAUUUUAUCGAAAUAAAAUACUUUCUCUACUUAAUUCAGUGUACAUACAUACCGGACACUUUUUUUUUUUUUUUUUAAAUGUUUUGUCAAUGCCUUUGGUUGUCCUUACCUUAUUUUUAAUUGGAUGCCUUUUUAAAGAAGUUUGCUGAAUUUUUCAGAGUAAAUAUACAUUAUUAAGUAGUUGCACCAGUCUUUAAAAAAAUACUAUUAAUGGGUAACAGAUCAUGUUUGCCUUUUAUGUGUGUCAUGCCAGAGUUUAAUUUGUAUUCACAGUGUGUAUUUACAGCCAAAAACCACGUACAUAAUUGUGUACUGAAGUACCAGUGAUUCAAUCACUCUCGAGGAGUGGGCUAACAGCUUGGUAUCAUGUUCCUUGUUAUUUUUUUAAACAAAUGUUUGUUUGAGGUGAUUUCCCCCCUCCCCAUACCCUGACCUUACAUAGUUAUACAUACCACAUUGUAUUUCUGUAUGUCUUUAAAACAUACAUGGCUAACUUAUGGCUCUUACAGUUUUUGAUUUUGAUAGCAAUAAAGAU